AUUAUAUCAGUCUAAUAAGUAAUUGUCCAAGAAUUUGGAGGUAGCCCUCCUCUUCACUCUUCAUUGCUCUUUGGAUCAGAUGAGGACUUCAAGUUUUGUCUGGGUAGAAAUGCACAGCCUUUUGAGAAGGCUAUGAACUCGUUGGGUCAAUCAGCACUUCACGUCGCCGUUCUCCAACCUUCGCGCGUAGCUCAACUCCUGGCUGCUGGUCAUCAAGUUGAUCUAAACGAUAAAAGAGGCGCGACCCCUUUAAUGUAUGCGGCAGCAAUGAACAUCCCAGAAACAGUUAUGAUGCUUGUCGAAAACGGUGCCAGUUUAUUUGGCUCUGGAGAGAACAGCCUCACUGUUCUUGAUCGCAUUGCCAGGCUGGGCAACUGGGACUUAAUAUGGCAGGUCGUCGACUUUGCAGCGGCUACCUACCCUGAUCUAAUCCCUGAGCUGUUCAGAAAAUUGCUAUCCAGCCCCUAUCUCGCUACCUACGAAGGCUGCUAUGCUGCAAAUGAUUAUGGUGGUCGAAAAGGCUGUAUCAACUUCUGGUCCCGGGUAAUCUCUAUGCUUGGUAGCGCCAACUUCUCCUUUCGCGAUGGCACGACCUUGAUGCACAUGACUCAUAAUUCUAGAUCGGCGAGAGUGUUGAUUCAGUUAGGCUUCACCAAAUUCAAGCAAGAGACCGGGGCUUUACUUGUGCACCUAGCUUCGUUGCAUGACCUGUCGUUGUUCCAGUUUGCUGUUGCGAAUGGUGGCGAUGCACAUUUACACAGUAGCUGGGGUUGGCAUAUUCUUGACAAUCUGCUCAAUGAUCUUGAAGGAUGCGACUGGAAAGGUUUACCGGCGGUCUUGAAAAUUAUCAAAUUUCUUCUUGAUAAAGGAGUUCAAGUCUUAUCGCGAGAUGACUGCGUGUGCAGUUGUUCGGCUGGUGGGUGCAUGCCAGGUUCGAACUGGUUGCUCAAUAGAUCAAAUCUAGGGCUGUUUGCGUGGCUUGAGAUAUUAGAAAAGCAGAGAAAGGUUGAAGAAGCUAAGAAAGUUUCCCUCGCCCUUCUGCGACGAAUGUCUUUUGAUCAAGCUGGUCUACAUCACACAUGCCUCACAAUGUGCAACUUUGACUUGGUUUCUAAUGUCGACAACGAUAGAUUUUGGGAUAUUUCUGAGCAAAUAAGUAUUGGUGAACUGGACCGAGAGAUGGAAGACCUGGCUGCGAAGACGUACUCGGAGUUGAAGAUCGAGGUCAUGGUCCGUCUCCGGCGCAUCUGGAAAAAGAAAUACAUGGAACAACAGCCUGGACCCAGGCGUGUACCUAGCUCAAUACGGACAACCCGAAACUAUAGAUCGAAAGGCUUUAAUGAGUUGCUGGAAGUGAUUCGAGCCUCCAAACAUCCCAAGAUUUCAGAACCAUUUUCAAGCUGUUGGGACUAUAUAGUCCAGAAGAAACUAGAAUCUGAUCAAGUGACCUUGAGAUAUGAUCUAGAACUAGCCAUGGUUAAGCUUGGGGUUGGUCUGUAUCAAUGCGGAGGUGAGCAGUUCGAGAGCUGGCUUCCACUACUGACCCAACUGACGGACGUCCUUCUCGCUGAAGAGCCAGGAGAGUUGGAAUCCUGAUCAUUCAAGUCAAUCAGUUUGAGAAUACUUUAAAGAAUUGUCCUUUUAGCUAAUGAGAAGUGAUGGGGUAUUGUCAAUUUGCAAUGGUUGAUUGUUUCAUAUGAAUCUACAUACCACACGUGAAAGUUCAAUCUCGCAGCACC